UCGGUGACGACAACGCAGCCCUUGUUCAUCGCCGCCUUGCAAAAGUCAAGGUGCGAUAACUACUCCGCGUUGUACGCGAUACUGUGUGCAGGGCUUAUUUGACCCUGCUGCUGCUUUGGCCAUAGCGUAUCAGAGCACUCAGUAGCGAUAAGGUCGAUUGAAAACGCUAGUGCGCUCUCGCUCGAACUUAGGAUUCGUGCCUGAAGACACAGCCAUGCCGGAUCACGGACAAGGACGGGUGCACAGUUUUCGAGACCAUGUUGUCGCCGGCGUCAACUGGCGACCGACGCGGUUCGUCGACGAGGUACCAAAUUCACGUGUAUGCGGCCUCUGCUGCAUGAUCCCAAAACGAACGGUGCUGUUGCCAUGCGGUCACGCCCUGUGCGAAUCUUGCCACGCAGCCAGUCUCGACGGGGGCUCUGGCCAGUGUCCAUUGGAUCAAGUGCAAUUCGAAGAAGCGGAGGGCGUUGGGUACGAAUUUCCUACAAGGAUAGCGAAUACUAUGAAGGUGUACUGCUGGAACGAAGAGCACGGCUGCGAGUACACGGGGACCAUGGAUCGUAUGCUGCAACACUACGAGAACGAAUGCGCAUUUCACACCGUGGAAUGUUUGCGGUGCGGCGAGGGAGUCCAGCACAGAGACCUGCCAAGGCACUACGUGGCCGGAUGCAUUGCACGUCUUCCUUCCGCGAUCACAGAGUGCCCGUCCUCGCAACGUACAGCUCUGCGCCUUGAAAACGUGAAUGCUAUGAAAAAUCUAAAGGCGAUGUUGGGCGAUCUCAUCCACGACCAGCUGAUACCAGUGAUGCAGAGUCAGUUGAAUGAGCUUACAGAACAAGUCAGAAGCCAGGAAACCAGAUUCGCUGGGAUCACUCGUCAGAUCGGAGUAUCUGAGCGUAAUUUAAAGGGUGACAUGGCUCAAAUCGCAGCCACGAUCUCAUCGGCCGUGUCGCACCAGCGGACGUCUCUGCAAAAUCCGGAGGGGGAAGCCAGCACGUCAUCGUCGUUGUCGUUGCGCUCGGAAAAGGCACUGGUUCUUCGAAAGUUGGAAUACUUAGCCGAGGCGUCGUUCAAUGCUCUGGAACAAUCGCGGCAAACGUCCCCGAUGCCUAAUUCCAGCCGUGUCAUUGCUUAUUGUAGGACUGCCCUCGGUGGUGCUCGGCAUUUAUAUAGUGCGCUGUCAACCACACCCACGUGGAUUGAAAAAAUUGGGACCGUGAGUUAUGAUCUGACCUUGGAAAACUGUGAGGAAAUCAUUCAGUAUCAAGGGGGACUCAGGAAAAAGUUUGCUGAGAUUACGGUGUGGCACAUGAGAGACACGUUCUUUACGGUUGCCGUCUUGAAGGGCUUAGGUAUUUCUGCACCUGCUCUCUUUGUGGAGAUCGAGUUUAACGGGAUGCUGGUGGACUCUAGGUGUUGGCCGCCUUUUUGGCACGUGAGCGUGUGGGAUAAUGUAGUGGGCUUGUUUCGUUCCUUGACUUCCCAGGCCACGCCUUGUUUAUGCCACCAUUACCAUAGGUCAUUGCAACACUUUCACCUCCAGUUUCGUAUAGAAAUUGCCACGCUCAAAAAGGCGGGUUUCCUCCUGGACGGAAAGAUAAAUUUCGCUAUUCAUCUCAUCGAUAAAGACAGAGACGGUGGUAUCAAAGGAGCACCCUAACGUUCGUCCUCGCAGAAUGUGUACUGCAUGGCUGGAUCGUCCUUGCCAGUUCCCAUGUGUGUGACAUGAGCUUAGCGAACUUUUGGUGCCCUUUCUCCUAAAUGAAAUGGGCUCUGCUAAUUUUGUUUUUAAUUUGCUAUUCUUGUGCUAACUCAAGUACUGCGCGUUGCCUUGUAUCUGAAAUGCCCCAAAAAAGUUAACGUUCCGAGUGUUCAGGCUUUCGCUUAUGACUUCAAACAGUAUUUUCGGCAAGGUCAUUGUACUCCGUCGUAGAUGAGCGGUUUAUUAAAAACUCUAAUAACACACGUAAUCAGACCAUGUACUGCAACAGCAGCUCAAUUGCUCAGAUGUUUGGUGUUUCAGCAGAUGAAGUCUUGAACAAGAAAUCGCUUGUUUCGAUGCUGCUGAGUUGGGAUGCGGCUUACACCAGAAUAGAAUUGAUGAUGCUUACGAAACUGCGUCCUGACAUCAGAGUGACGGAUCCGCGUAUUUCUACGGGCACGUCUACCCAAAGACCCGAGCAGACCUAAAAAAACUGCUGAUCUUUACGAGAGAACACGUGGCGACUGAAGUAUAUGAGUUUAUUUUCUACUGCUUGCUUGACACUCUGAUGAACCGAUAAAAAACCCUCAGAUGGGUCUUUUUUUCGUCGCUGCUUUUUAAGGCCUAUAAUUGACUUUGGUGCUCUUCUUACGUGUCCUGCGUUAAACUCGCGGUGUCCAAUUUUAUUUUACUCUUUUUAGUUACAGCAGUAAAGUAUCGACCUCCUGACUGCAGAAGCACCUUUGUUUCAUUUUUGAAACAUUAGUUAAAGAAUCUGUGCAAUAACGCCAGUUAUUGGAGCUUUGUCUUAACUGUAGUUCGGCGGUGCUGCAGAAAAUAUGAGGCAUUCGGAUUAAUACUUAACUCCGGCUUGAUUCUGCGGUGCACUGAAAAGAAUCUACACUUGCGUUUAAGCGUUUCUCCACGGUUGUAAAGAUACCACCAAUUUUUAUAAUAAAAUUCUAGGCCUGUUUCUCAUCACAUGAAGGGCCGCCCUGGUGUGUCUGGUGGUCUACACAGUAAACAAACGCCAUGAAAAGGCAGCAGCAGCAGCAACGUCUUAAAGGCAUCAGAGUGUUCACGCUAAUUUCAAUCGUAAGCAUCUGGGCGUGUCUAAAUACCUUAAGAAACGCGAAAAGCGACAGUUUGCGACUUGCAGGUGGUUGCGGAGCUAAAUAAGCGGUGUCGCUUCCUUCAAAAUACCUUUCCUAUUUCACGUGUAGCGGUAAGCAAACAAGAAAUCAUGCCACAGUUUUCGUCUUUCGCUCCAUACGGGUGAAGCGCUAAAAGAUACCUUCACGGCAGCAUUUCAAACUGGCAACACAUGCAUGGAAGCAUUGUGCCCGAGUUUUCCUACCCAUCGAAAGCACUAGGGCCCUGUAACAGCCGGUACUCUGUUAGAAUCUGUUACAGUUAAAUUUUAGAGCGGUCUGGUGGCUGUUUCAUUAGGGAUGUGUAUUAAACAUGUUAUCACGUUUUCAACUGGCAUUCUUUGCUAUCUUUCAUCAUUAUUGUGCACAAGACAAGCUGUACUCAGAGAUAGCUGCCCCACAGGCUGCGGUACAGCACCAAGGCGUCAGCAGCGCACAUGUACAAAGGCUCAGCUGACAUCCAAGGCUGAGCCGUUAUAACGUCAAGAGAGAAACAAAAGUUAUGAAUAACAGGUUAACAGGAACACGCAUGUAAACCGUUGUCUAUUCAAAGGAGAUAUACGCAAGCCAAAUAUUAUUCGAUAAUCUUUCGCCAUUACGUUUCAAAGGA